GCGAAUUCACCGCGCGUUGAAUUUUUCAACGCGAAACCCGCGUUAAAUCCAAUUUCGGACACAUAGUCCCUCGCGAGAUUGACGAGACGCACGGGGAGGCCGAUGACGCCGAGAUGAGGACAUACACCACACGACGGAGGUCGAACCGGGCGGACAGGGACAUGUUGGGGGGAGACGAGGAUUUUUGGGGCCCUUUUGGGAAGGUGGCUUCCACGGGUGAUGUGCGUGAUGCCAGAGUCGGGGGCUCACAUGCAGGCACGAGCCGCGCAGAGGUGGGGAGGCCGACUCCUACUCCUACGAGGCGAGAGUCGCCCAUUAGGCCACCUCCUGCGCCGAGUCCUACACCGCCCACCCCCGUCUCGCCUCUUCAGCCGGCCACUACACAGGCGGAGACGGAGGAGUUGGCUACCUCCUUUCCUCCGCACGGGCUUCUCCAAAGAUCGACGGUGGUUCGAAAGUUGAGGUUACGAUCACCUUCCCCGGGGGAUGCACUAGAGGAGGGGGAUGUGGCAGCAACGACGCAGGAGGCACCAACAGUCGCGACAACGGAGGAGGAGGUGCCAGCACAGGCGACGACUGAGGAGGAGGUGGAAGGUGUCGCAACAGUGGAGGGGGAGAUCGCAGCAGCAGUGGAGAGGGAGGAGGAGGUAGCGGCAGCGGCAACGUUGGCAGCCGUUCCUAUGGAUCAUGAUGAUGCGAACGCCGAUGAGCAGCUCGUGCAACGCUACAUCAGGGAGGAGGUCGAUCCAGUCGUAGGGGGUUUAACCCCGGGGAUGGCGAUGGAGCUGGGGAUUUGUCCUCCCACAGGGCGGGCGCGGUCAGAGAUGGGGACGCACUUCGACUUCGACAUGUCGAUAGGCGGUCCACCUAGUUGCGGCGGGGCAACAUCGACAGAUCGGGCGCAUCACGACAUGACGUAGCAGGGGUAUGAGGUGUUUUAAAAAAAUGCAGAUGGUAAAAAAAAAACAAAACAAAAAAAAAAGGCAGAUGCAGAAUUUCAAAAUAAAUAAACAAGAAAGGGGUUUGAUUGAUUGAUUGAUUGAUUGAUUGAUUGAUUGAUUGUGAGUGUGUGUGUGUGUGUGUGUGUGUGUGAGAGAGAGAGAGAGAGAGAGAGAGAGAGAGAGAGAGAGAGAGAGAGAGAGAGAGAGAGAGAGAUGUUUAUAACCAAUGUAGUCAUGAUUCUCCUUCCUUUUUUUUUUGUUUUUAACAAAAAUUCAAAUCUUUA